AUUCCAGCACACCUCACAUUGGCGAACACGGCUCUUUACUUUCGGUUUAACCUUCACAGGGAAUAAAUAGUAUAAACAAGCAGGAGCUCUUUGUCUGGCGCGUAUUAACCCACAGACUCCACGGAGAGGCGGACAGAAGGACAGAGACUCUUAAAAUGAUCCACUCCUGGACGUUUUGUUGCUCGGUUCUGGCCGUGUUCGCGCUGAGCGAAUCAACAACUAGGACUUAUUACAUCGGGAUUCGAGAGGAUUUCUGGAAUUACUCUCCCAGCGACCGAAAUCAGAUCAAAGACAUUGAUAUCACUCAUGACCUGCAUGCCUCUAAAUAUUUGGUCCAGGGUCCAACAAGAAUAGGUAGUGUGUAUAAAAAAGCUCUGUAUAAAGAGUACACAGAUAAAACUUUCACUACCGAGAUGACAAAACCAAACUGGCUGGGAUUCCUGGGACCUGUGAUUCGUGCAGAAGUGGGUGAUGAAAUUGUAGUGCAUCUGAAGAACUUUGCAACUCGACCUUAUUCAAUCCAUCCGCAUGGCGUCCUCUACAAGAAAGAGUCUGAAGGUGCAUGGUAUCCGGAUGGUACAUCUGGUAGGAAUAAGAGUGAUGACGCUGUGGCUCCAGGAGAAGCCCACACAUACACUUGGAAUGUGACAGAAGAGGUUGCUCCUGAAGAGUCUGACCCAAGCUGUCUUACAUCAAUGUACCAUUCUCAUGUAAAUUCUCCGAAAGACAUAGCAGCAGGACUCAUUGGAGUUCUGCUUAUCUGCAAAAAGGGAUCUCUAGACCCAUCUGGAACUCCAAAACCUGGCAUGCCUCGUGAGUUUAUCUUGAUGUUCAGUGCAGUGGAUGAAAAUCUUAGUUGGUAUCUUGAAGAAAAUAUUAAUAAGUACAGCCCUGAAGCUCUUGACCUGAGAGGGGAGGAAGAUUUUCAGACUUCGAAUCAGCUACACUCAAUAAAUGGCUAUGUUUAUGGUAACCUACCGAUACUGGAAUUGUGUCUUGGAAGCCCUGUGUUUUGGCACCUUUUUGGUAUCGGUAACACCAUAGAUCUUCACUCCAUCCACUUCUAUGGCCAAACCCUUCUCAACAAAGGUCACCGUACUGAUGUCCUCAGUCUAUUUCCUGCCACUUCACUGACUGCAACCAUGAUUCCCCAGACAGUGGGGAAGUGGUUAUUCGGUUGCCAGGUUGAUGAACACAUGCAUGCGGGUAUGCAGGGCAUUUAUGAGGUCACUUCCUGUGACACGGCUGCCCCCACAGCGCCCUCUGGUCAUGUUAGACAUUACUACAUCGCAGCGGAGGAGACAUAUUGGCACUACGCACCAUCAGGGAUAAACAGACUGACCAAUAAACUACUAAAUGAAUCAGACAGUUACUCUAAGGAAUUCUUCAGUACAGAAGAAGGAAGGCUGGGAGGAAAUUACACUAAGGUCAGAUACAUUGGCUACCACGAUGACACAUUUACUUUCAAGAUUGAUCAAAGUGGUUCAGAACAUCACCUAGGCAUCCUGGGUCCCGUCAUUAGGGGAGAACCUGGUGAUGUCAUUGAGGUGACAUUUCGAAAUAAGGCACACUAUAACUUCAGCAUGCAACCUCAUGGCGUGUCGUAUGACAAACUCUAUGAAGGAGUCAUGUAUCAGGAUGGUUCUCAGAAACCAGGGGCCAGUGUGGCACCAGGGCAGACGUUUGUCUAUCGCUGGCGGGUGACAGAAGGUCCCUCGGACAGUGACCCGCCCUGCCUGUCAUACUUGUAUUACUCAGGUACAGAUCCUGUCAAUGACACUAACUCUGGUUUGGUGGGACCGUUGCAAGUGUGCAAGAAAGGAGUUCUGGAUGAAAGUGGUCGACAGCAUAUAGGGUCAGAGGUGCAAAAAGAGUUUUUCCUCCUCUUCACUGUGAUGGACGAGAAUAAAAGCUGGUAUCUGGAAAAGAAUAUUAAUGAGUUUGGUAAUGAUGCGUCCGAUCCGGAAAUAUUUCAGGAGAGUAAUAAAAUGCCCUCUGUGAAUGGCUUCAUGUAUGGAAACCUUCCCAAUCUUGAUUUGUGUGAGGGAGAUCAUGUCGUUUGGCAUUUGAUGGGGUUGGGCUCAGUGGAUCUCCAUGGCGUUUACUUCCAGGGAAACACGUUUCAGUUGGAUAACACUACCCGUGACACACUCAGUCUCUUCCCGCACUCCAGUGUCACUAUCUCCAUGAAACCUGAUAAUGACGGUGCUUUUGAGCUAAGCUGUCUGACAACUUCUAACUACCGCGGUGGUAUGAGGCAGCUGUACACUGUCAAACCCUGCAAAGCGAACCCUGAUUCAAAGGUUACAACCUUUCAGCCUGAUGUGUAUUUCUACUUGGCUGCUGAAGAGGUGGAGUGGGACUACGCACCAAACAGGACAUGGGAGUUGGAGAAAUUCAACAAGACUGCUGAUGAAAGCUAUGGAAGCCUUUACCUAACAAAAUCCGAGAAUCGGAUUGGGUCCAAGUACAAAAAGGUGGUGUACCGCAGGUACAAGGACGAGACCUUCACAAGAACGGAUGACACUGGUCCUAACGAAGAGCAUUUAGGCAUUCUGGGUCCCAUUCUUAGGGUGCAAGUUGGUGAGAAGGUCCAAGUUGUGUUUAAGAACAAGGCCACUAGACCCUUUUCAGUUCAUGCUCAUGGAGUGAAGACCAGUAAGGCUCAGCCUGUUGAUCCAGAUAACAUAACGAGGUAUAACUGGAUAAUCAGUUCCGAUCCUGGACCCACUGAGCCAAAAUGCGCAACCUAUGUCUAUUACUCAUCUGUGGACUUUACAAAGGACUUGGCGAGUGGCUUGGUUGGGCCAUUAGUGGUGUGUCGCAAAGGGACUCUAAAUGAAACCAGACAGCAAAAGGAUGUGGAUAAAGAAUUUGCUCUGCUCUUUAUGAUUUUUGAUGAGAAUGAAUCGUGGUAUCUGGAGGACAAUAUAAAAAAAUACCUGAACAAAGACCUGGAGACUUUUUCUGAGAGUGAUGGGUUUUUGGAGAGUAACAUGAUGCAUGGUAUUAACGGAAAGCUUUAUGCUAACCUUCCUGGUCUGACGAUGCAGCAGGGAGAUCGGACCCAGUGGUAUUUAAUGGCACUAGGGAGUGAUGAAGACAUGCACACAGUACACUUUCACGAUCAGAGCUUUAUAUACAAGACGGACCACGCCCAUAGAGCUGACGUGUAUGGCUUGUUCCCGGGAACCUUUAAGACUGUUGAACUGCAGGCAGGAACACCAGGAACAUGGCUCCUUCAUUGCCAUGUGGCGGACCACAUCGACGCAGGCAUGGAAACAACCUACACCAUUAACGCCAAUGCAGCUGUGAAUUCCAAAGCAUGGACAAAUGACAUAUUGUUUGUGCAGUGGUUUUGUCGAAUACUGCUAGCCAUCACACCCGUCUUCUGGCUUCAAUAACUCAACAGAUGUGGACGGCUUAACUGCUGCUUCUAUUAUAAUGUCUUAUUUAUUAGGUUUUUAUUAAGUUUAAGAUGUGUGGUUUAAGGGAAUGUGUGUUUGGCAGCUUUUUUUGCCUUUUGCGUAUAGGUAACACUAGUUUAGACUGAGAAUAUGAUCUAUAUAUACUGUCUAUAUGAUAUCUGCUGUGUGUGAGAGUGUGUGAGUGUAUGGGGCAUUUUAUUUUUACAACUUGCAAAGGUUGUCAUAAUCAGGGUCUGUGUGGUUAUGAAAACUCUUAAACAAUUAUGGAAUUUAGAAAUCAUGUUUCCCGGGCUUAAAGAAGUCAUGAAAAACAAAAAAUAUCAGAAAGACUUGAAAGUUAUGUUUAAAAAAAAAAAAACCUAAUCGCUCAAGUAUUUGUGCGUAAUGAGCCCUCUGUGCAUGUGCAUCAGAGGGUUAGUGUUACGCUUCCGUCCAACUUCACUAUCUCCGUCAGUCUCUGUGCACUCAGUUAAUGAGGAAAAAUGUUUGCUAAAACAAAAACAGGGCACAACCCUCCUCAUAGGCUGCAGUCAAAACAAGCAUGGCAAUUUCAUUUAAAACUUUGAGGACACAGGCUUUAUGGUUUCAUGAAUGGUUCUCAGUUAUAUGAUAUAAAGUAUUAAGCCAAAUAUAAAAGAAUACAUGUAUUAAAAGAUUAAUACAUUAAAUUGGUACAUUAAUAGAUUGUCUACCUCACCAUUGUUAGGCAUACUUAUUGUGUGUCUAAGCAAGAGCCGAAAGCAACAACAACAAAAAAAAUAGCAAAAGCAUAUGCAAUGAGAGGGAUAUCCAAAUCAAAAGCAUGACUACAAAAUCAUUGCAGUUUUUUUUUUCAUUAAUGAAUUUAUUUAGUAAUUUUAAAUGAGUCUCAGGUUCUGAAGUAAUCAUGAAAAAGAAUGGAUUUUUUUUAAUCUAAAAGUGUAUGAACCCUGUAUAAUGGUAGUUGAACUACAUGAUAUAAAUUAACAUAUGCAAUAUAUAUA